GUAUAUUAUUGUUAUAAGCUCGUUGGUUUGUGUACAAAAUCCUCAUUAUUUUAAACAAUAAUUUAUUAUAACAUUAUUAUGCUGUACAUACGGCGACAGAUGACCGACGAAAUAGGAAACGAUGAGAUAUUGUCGAUUGUCAUCAAAUAAUCAUCGGUUUUGAAUUAUUCACAUUUUUUUUUCACCGACGAAUUACCAGCUCACUAAAAGCAUUAUCCGAUUUCGCUUAUUAGGUCAAAGGAGACAACAACACACGACAUGGAUGUGGAUCAAAAUGUGAAAAACGAAUCUGUGUCAACAGUGGACGACACAACAACAAUAACACAGUUAAAGAUGGAAAAUGACCAAACAAUGUCUACCACAAAAGCAGUGAUUAUAUUAGUGGUCAUAUUCUUAGCAUCUUUACUUAUUUUAGCAUAUUUAUAUUACAAUUUUCCCCAUUUGACUGAGGAGGAAAAAAAAUAUAUCAAAAUUCCACGGAAUACCACAGACAUGCAAAACUUGGGUAGAGUCUUGGAAGAUUACAAGGAUACAUACUACACUCAAGUGUUUAUGUCAAUUUUCUUCUGUUACAUAUUUUUGCAAACAUUUGCAAUACCUGGUUCAAUUUCAUUGUCAAUAUUAUGUGGAUUUUUAUACCCGUUUGUAUUAGCAUUAGCAAUCAUAUGUUUUUGUUCAGCAAUGGGGGCAUGUUUUUGUUACUUACUGUCAAUGACAAUCGGAAGGAGAUUAGCAUAUAAAUAUUUCCCAGAUAGAAUCAAGUCAUAUGCAAAAUUGGUUAAAAAACACAACGACAAUAUGUUCUGUUAUAUAAUGUUUUUGCGAAUAACCCCAUUUUUACCUAAUUGGUUUAUAAAUGUAUGCGCACCACUAGUUGAUGUUCCGUUAAUACCAUUUUGGUUAGGAACUUUUUUUGGAGUAGCAGUACCAUCUGUGUUGGUUGUACAAGCUGGACAAACUUUACAUCAGGUGGCAUCAGAAUCUACCUGGUCAUGGUCUUCCGUCCUACUCUUGGCAACAUUUGCUGCCCUGUCAUUACUACCAGUACUAUUUAAGGCAAAAUUAAGAGACAAAUUUGACUGAAAAAAAGUUGACUGCCAUAUUGAAGGACAUUCCAUUAGUGUAGUCUAGAUUCCCUACUUGUUUAUGCCUCUUCCUUAUGUCACAAUGUCUCAUAAAUUAUAACAUAAUAUAUAAACAUCGCAAAAUAAUUUAUAACAAAUUAAAA